CAGCGUGGCCAAUAUGUUGCAGCGAGUCCAGACCUGCAGAAGCAGAGGAGCCUUUUAAAAGGCUUCACGCCGACGACCUGGACCACAUUAUUUUCCUGUGCAGCAGCUCAGAGCUUCAGCUCAGGAUUCAAACAUGAGGAGCUUCUGCUGGAUUUCACUGUGUGGACUUUUGACGGCGCUCUGUGGCGUCCAGGCCACCUACUACACCUACUACUCGACCCUGCGCUGCGACUGUAACGGCAGGUCUCGGUACUGCCUGCGGGACUCCCUGGGUCUGCACUGCCUGGACUGCCAGGGAAACACUGAGGGGCGCCACUGCGAACGCUGCAAGGACGGCUUCUUCCUGGAGGGGGCGGGGCCCAGCUGCACACCAUGUCGCUGCAACCCCACAGGUUCUGUCAGGCCGUCCUGUGACAGCAGGGGGCGCUGCACCUGUAAAGACGGUGUCUCCGGAGACAAAUGUGACCGAUGUCCUGAAGGACCCAUCGGUCCCAACGGCUGCCCCUCCAGUCGUCAGACCAGAGAGGAUUCUGGGAGUUUGAGUACCCCAUGUUUCUGUUAUGGCCACAGCAGCCAGUGUUCAGCUCAGUCCGGUUUCUCCAUCCACAACAUCACCUCCACCUUCACCCACGGUAACGACGGCUGGAAGGUGGCGACGGCGAGGGGUGUGGCUCCAGACCACGUUAACUUCCGGUGGUCCCCCAAACACCAGGACCUGGAGGUCAUCUCCAGAAACAGUCUUCCUGUUUACCUGUACGCCCCAGACUCCUUCCUAGGGAACCAGCUGUUGAGCUAUGGUCGGAUCUUUUCCUUCUCAUUGCGUCUGGACCGAGGCGUCCGUCAUCCGUCCACCAGUGACGUCGUCCUGGAAGGAGGAGGUUUGUCCGUCUCGUCGUCUCUAGGCGACCUGAGGUCCAUCGUCCCGUGUGGACAGAAGAUCAGAUACAGCUUCAGACUGGACGAGCGUCCUGGUGUCUGGAGGCCUCAUCUCUCCUCCUUCCAGUUCCAGACUCUCCUCCAGAACCUCAGCGCCAUCAAAAUCCGAGCAACAUUUGGUGAAAGUGGACGCGGUUACCUUGACAACGUGGUGCUGACCUCAGCGAGGCGUGGCGACGGUGUCCCGGCCUGUUGGGUCCAGACGUGCGUCUGUCCUCGGGGACACGAGGGCCAGUUCUGUGAACGCUGCUCGGCCGGGUUCAGACGCAGCGUCCCGGCGGACGGGGCCUUCGCCUCCUGCGUCCCAUGCAGCUGCAGAGGAGGAAGCUGCGACCCUCAGACCGGAGACUGCUACUCGUCCGACGACACACAGGGACAGAGGACCUGCACGGAGGGGUUCUACUCCGACCCCCGGAGGCCGGACACCUGUGUCAGGUGUCCAUGUCCACAGGGAGUGUCCUGCUCUCUGGACGCUGGGUCGCUUGAGCCUCGGUGUGAACGAUGUCCUCCAGGAAGCAGCGGUCUUCUCUGUGACGUCUGUCAGGAAGGUUUUUAUUCCGACCCGUCCGGAGGCUGCCGGCCCUGCCAGUGUAACGGCCACAUCGACGUCAGCGUGGCCGGAAGCUGCGACGCCACCAGCGGAAAAUGUCUGAAAUGUCUGAACAACACAAAGGGUUGGAGCUGUGAGGACUGUGUGAGAGGUUUCUACCACAGCAGAGCCACUGACGCAUGCAAAUCUUGUAGCUGUGACCUCCAGGGAUCUGAGUCCGAACAGUGUGAUGACGCCGGUCAGUGUCGGUGCAGGCCGGGCUUCGAGGGUCUGAGGUGUCAACGGUCCAACUGUCCCGCCUGUUUCAGCCCCAUCAAAGCCAAGAUGGAUUUAUUCUCCGCCAAGCUGAAGGAGCUGGAGUCGCUUUUCUCAGACAUGGACGGAGGUUUGACACCAGCCAACGGCGCUGAGAUGGAGGUUGCCCUGAGAGCCAUGGAGGACCUGGUGGACAACCUGCAGGACAACACCAAGCAGCUCACAGAGUUGGAAGUGGAACUGCAGCGACGCCUGUCGUCCAUCAGCAGUAGCCAGCUAGAGCACGACCAGGACAUCCAGAUCAUUGCAGACACCACCACCAACAUCAAACAACAACAGCAGAUGUACAAGACAAAGGUGGCAGAGGUCCAGGGGCUGAUGGAGGAGAUGAAAUUCAAACUGCAGGAUGCCAAAACCAAACUACAAUCAGCUGAGGUUCCAGUUGGAGAUGCUCCUCAGGGUUCAGACGACUUUUCUUCUCUGGUGAAAACGGCUACAAGUCUGGCUGACGAACACAAGACGGAUUCAGAUGCUGUGCAGCAAACCGCCAAUGAGGCACUGGCCGACUCGAAGGAGAGUUUGACUCUCAUCAGAUCCCUCAUGAACCGAGAGAACAAAGUCAAGGAACUGAUCGGAGAUCUGAAGAACAUGUACGAUCAGGCCUCAGCUGAGGUGAAGACCAUGGAGAAACAGGCGACACGUCUGAGUGAUGAGGCCAGAGAUGAAAGCAAAAUGUCCAACAGCUUGUUGACUGAGAUCGCGGCCAUGGAACGAAAUCUUCCUUCAUCCCUGGAGGAGGAGAUGGACAACAUGGUUUCCAGGCUGGCUCUAGUGAAGAAGGCGGCAGACAAGGACAUCUCAGACUUUAAGGAUCUGCAGGACGGCAUGCAGCAAGAAAAACUGGAUACAGAGGACAAGCUGGCGAAGGGCAAAGCUGCCCAGCAGGUUUACGACAAGCUGGUGGACAGAGUCAACGCUGCCAAGGAUGACACUGAGGACGCCCUUAAUCGGAUCAAGGGCAACAUCAACGGGCUCGAAGACACUCUCAGCACCCUGAAAGACUUCGACCAGCGGAUCAGCAACAGUGAAGCUCUGGCUAAAGCCGCCAACGAGGGUCUCCCCCGCAUCAACGCCACCAUCCAGCAGGCUGUUAGCAACAACGAAGCGACCAACUCAGCCCUGGGAGACGUAUCCAAAGACUUCGACAGUGCCCUGGAAACCAUCGGCAAUCUGGAGGGCCUGGUCAACACUUUGGAGGGAACAUUUGCAUCAUUGCCGCCUCAUUCUGGUUUGGUGAAACAAGCCAACAGGCUGAACGGGGAAUCUCUGGCCUUGAAGACAAAGGCGGACACGAUGAACCAAGACCUGGCGGCUGAGGUGGAAGACGCCAAUAAUCUGGCGGCUGAAGCUAAGGAGGUAUCUGAUGGAGCGGCAGCAGCUUUUGACAACGCCAGAAACACCGGCAACGCUGUCAGACAAACACUGAGAAAAAUCAACAAUAUGCUGGCUAACAUGAACCAGUCAAGUAUUGAUGAAACGCAGCUGAAGCGGCUGGAGGACUCCCUGGCCAGAUCUCAGGGGGAGGUGGAGGGCCUGCUGAGGCCUCGGCUCCGGGACAUGGAGGAGCAGGAGGCCGCCCACCGCCGCCAGCUGGACCAGAUCAACCUGGACAUCGACACCAUCUUAGCGGACAUCGCUAACCUGGAGGACAUCCUGGAGGUCGUCCCCAAGAACAAAUGCUUCAACACGCAGGUGGAGAAGGCCUGAGGGCCUCAUGAACACGCUAACACUCAUUAACAUGCUAACACAGAGGCUCAUUAGCCUUCUGAGACUUGUUAGGUUAAAGAAAUUAAGAUUUGUUAAGACUUGACCUGACACACUCUGUACCUGCUGACACCUGAUCAGUAGUGGUGUGUGAUACCGCUAGAUUUGGACUGAUCCAAUACCAAGUAAAUACAAAGCCAGUAUCGCCAAUACCGAUACUGAUGUCGAUACAUUUUAAUAAUUAAGGUGGACGCAUCAUCAGUCUUAAUCUGAAUGAAUUUUCAUGACCUUUUUUUUGUGAUUUGACUUUUGGAUUAUUAAUCAGUCAGAAUCAAGUACAGAAUUUGGGCAAAGUUUAUAAGUAAAUAGAAAAUAAUUUAUUAUCACAAAAGUUUUUGUUCAGAAACAACACAAAUCUAUCACAUGAGAACAAAGCUCUUGUUUCAUUGCACUUCUUUAUGUUUUUUGUUUAAAUAAAGUCUAAAAAUUGUCACAAGAGAGAAACUGAAUUUUAAGUAUCGAUCUCAUUCCACGGUAUCGAUCAGUAUAGAUUCCAAUGUUGGUAUCGACAUUGUUGAUAUUUGGGUCUGCCCACCACUACUGAUUAGACUUGUUACCUUAACAACACUGGAUAACCUCCUGAGCCUUAUUAACCAAAUAAAACCUGAUGGCACUUAUUAAUCUCCUGGGACUCGUUAACCUGCUGAAACCUCUUAGCUUAAUGAGACUCGUUAAUGUCCUGAGACCUGCGAACUGGACCAGAUUUGUUGGUCUGAUAAGACUCGUUAACUGCAUAUUGACACCACUAUGAACUUGUGUUUUUUGUUUGUUUGUUUGUUUUUUUUUUAACACAGAGAAAACGUCCUCAUGUAAAAUCACCACUUUUUACCAAAAACAUCCUCUAAUUUAAACCUUAAUCUGUUUUAAUGAUAUUUUUUCCUAAUUAACAGAUCAAUUAAGGAUAAAUUAAGGGACUGCUGUUUGGUGUUGUUUCUAUAUCUAUCUAUAUUUAGUGAUGUGUUUGAAUGUAACAGUAUUUAUAACUGAAUAUACACGAUCAGGGUUUUUUUUUUCGUACAUUUUAAAUGUUAGUGUUUUUAUUUGUUUAUUUGUCAUUGUGUCUAAUUAUCCUGACUCUAAUAAAAACUGCAGCACUUUCCUCUGA